CAUUACAAAUUACCACAAAAUCGAAGUUGUAAACGGGAACACAGCUUAAUUGUGUAGCGCAGUAUUUUUGCAGUAUAUUUGUUGGGCAUAAUCACUGGGGGAUUUUUACCCUAACCACUUGUGGCCAUACUGCCAUACAAAAGCGAAUUAGCAAAAACAUUGCAAGGCGAAAACGCCCCAAAAACAAUGACUGUGAAGGCAAUUAGAUAGUUAUAGAACGCACCGAAAUGAGCAAACACAUCUGCACCCGCUGGGCCUUUGACCUGGCCAGCUGGAAGCCCUCACUCCCGCACUUGAGUCAGGCGGUGGCCUCAAUUCAGCCGGAGGAACGUGUCCGACUCAUGAAGUUCCACUUUAUCGACGACUUUCUGUCCUCGCUAAUUGGUCGACUACUGAUGCGGAAAUAUGUGAGCACAUGCAGCGGACUGCCGCCCGACCAAGUCAAGUUCGCCCGGGACGUAAGGGGAAAACCGUACUGGGUGAGGGAGGAUUUCGCCGGGCCACCUCUUAGCUUUAAUGUCUCGCAUCAGGGAAGAAUAGUGCUGCUGGCGGGCAUUUCGGGAGAAUGCAGUGAUCCCGACUUUGGCCUUGGCACGGAUGUCAUGAAGAUCGAGUACAGUGGUGGCAAGUCAGUGGAGGAUUUCUUUCGCCUGAUGAAGAGCAAGUUUUCGGCACAGGAAUGGAGCUACAUUGGCAGACCGCAACAUGAUGAGCGGGAUCAGGUGAAGGCAUUCAUGCGACACUGGUGCCUGAAGGAGGCCUACGUCAAAGAGCUGGGCGUCGGCAUCACUGUGGAUCUGGAAAAGAUCAGCUUUUCCGUGGACACAACUCACUCCCUGGAGGUGGCGAAUUCCCCCUUAAUCGGCACCAGCCUGCGUUGCCACGACAGACCCAUGGAUAACUGGCACUUCGAGGAGCAUUUACUGCAGGAGGAAUACUGUGCGGCCAUUGCAUUCCGGAACUGUUUGCCACACGAGCAAGGAAGGUUCAAGAUACUAGGAAUUGAGGAACUUCUUGUCAAGAGUCCUGAAUCAGAACUUGAGGAUGUGCUAGGCUACUGCCAAAGGGCUCUACAUAAGCCCUACAAGCGAUCCUAAAAAAUAUUGCGUUCUAAUGAAUCCAUGCAAGUCUAGAUUCAUUUGUUAUCCCUAAAAUAAACAUGCAUUUAUAUUUUUUCAA